UGAAGGCACAUACUUGGCCAAAGUAAAACUGAAACAAUGGAAUUCAGGAACCAACGUAAGUUCUGAGCUGGAGGAGCUGACAUUGGAAUACAAAACAAACUCGAUGAGGUGCAGACUGAAAGCUGGAAUCUGAGCUAUUUUUAACUAGACAGUUGCAGCUGUGGUGAAAAGCUGAGAUGUUUGUUCAGUGAUAAAUACAGAGAUAGUGGCCAGCUGGUAGUCAAUUCACACGUGUGGAAAGGUGGAUGAAGAGCAGCAUGCAGUUAAAAUAGCUGAACUUGACAGAUCUGCAGAUAGAUUUUAGGUGACGUUGAUUUUUCUGAGUAGCAACAGAUCCUAAAAGGGAUCUGAGCUGAAUUUGCAUUUGAGAUCAAAGUCCUGGCAAUGUGCUGUUGGGAAAAGUGGACAAAAUGUGCCACACGAGGCAUGUGUGUUUGCAUUAGCAGGGUGGAAGCAUAUUCUAUAAAUACAGGUGCCGAGAAAACCACUGAUUUGGCAGCUGUAAUGCCCUGACGAGGCCGGAGGAAGGAAGCAUUCUGCCAGCUGGCAAAGGCAGCUCCUGCCCGGGAAGAUAAAGCAGCAAGUGUCCCUGCACAGUGUGGGGACAGUCAUGGAAUGAAUACAGGGCUGGUCAGGUUUAUAUUGGUUUCAGAAAUCCAGUUGUCACUGUCCAUAUCCAGCAAAACCCCACUGCUGCAGUGGGACACGUCUCUGCCGAGCACCUGCAUUGGCUGGGCUGACCACGCCGGGCUCCUCUCGGUGUCGCGCAGCUGCUGCUGCCUGAAGGACAACACGACAACAGGUGACCAGGAGGCUAGAGCUAAGGCUCACACCUUUGACUUUCCCAUCCCUUCAAAACAUGUUGAUAAAGCCAUAAAACGAAAGAAGAAAAAGUCCAAAGUCUGGCAUAAGGUCUGGAAAGUCAUUUCAAAAAUGCUUGAAGAAAAUGAAAGGUUCAGAAGUCGACUGUUGGCCUGCAGUCAGCUGGAUGGAGAAGGCUCUGGUGUGAACCAAACUUCACAGGAUGGGGCAUACCUGGACAGGGAGGAGUCCAUCUUUGGCUGGGUGUAGCAAGAAAAUAAAGGAAGAUUCAGUUGAAAAGGAAAUGUGAAAGUAGUGAAAGCUCUUAUUUUGAUCUAGUUCUUCCUGAAGUCCAUGGUGAGACUGCGACUUCAGUGAACACAGGUUCUCUGUUGUUUGGUUGGUGUUUGUGCUUCUGCUGUUUCAGAGGUUUGUUUUUAUAGUGGCUUAAACAGCUCUGUUGCAAGAUAUUUAUUUCAAGCCAUUAAGUCUAGUGUUUCACUGAGCUAUUAUUUUUCGAAAGCUUUUUAAUGAGCAUAAUAUUGUGACAGUUUUCUUGCAAAAGAAAAGAUACACAUUUAGUGUUGUCUCUGUAUUUUUAUCUUUUAUUUUUGUAGCUUGUCAGAAUAAUAAACAAACACAAAUUCAGUAAGGCAGAACUCCAGACAUGAUAAAACCCUACUUUUUUUUCUUACUGAUUUGAAUAAAUUUGACUUUCUUAUAUUAAAAUAUUACACAAUAGCCCUCUCUGUUCAUUCAUCCAUUUAUACAUGAUUCUCAGCAAGUAUUUUGAAUAUGAAACCAGGUGAAUGUUUUCUGUGUUACUGUUCACUGUGAGGCACACAAUGGUAUCAUCAUAAUCAGAAGGUGUUGUUUAUCUAUCUGACUUCAAUAACACAAUAUAAUGUUUUUGUGUUAUGCAGUUUAGUACUUGAACUCUUGAUAGACUGUUAAAGCCUUUUAAACCAGCAAUUUGUGUAAAUGGAACAUGAAAGCUGCAUAAAAAUAGUUAUGUAUAUGAAUUUCAUCUCUCGAGCUAAAACAUUCACCUGUCACAAUUAGACAUCCUUAGUUUCAAUAAAAGAAUUGUUUUCUCAUGGCAUAAUAUCUUGGUGUUUACAGAUAUAAAGACUAGAAUGUCAGAGUGUUGAGCUUUAACAACAUGCUGGUGAUUGUGUCAUUAAGCAGUAAAGCAUUUGGAAGGGUUUCAUCUCUGCUUUUUAAUAGUAAAACUGAAGGUGUAUAACUGAAUGUGCCUUUUUGAGGACAGCUCUGGCAUCAAGGUUCUUUUCUGAUUUGUGGUUGAGUAAUAUUCUGAUUUUACUUAAAAUAGUUGACAUUUCAGCUUGGAAAAGGAAAUGAGAAGGCAAAGUAUUCAAUCAAGAUGUGAUCAUUUUUCUGGCAGAGCAAAAAUGUCAUAGUUCUUUGGUAUUUUCAAAAUACAUGUUUGGAGUCACA